AAAACAACAUGGUGGAAUACAUCAAACUGAUACUAAGUACUUUGUUCUUGUUAGCAGUGUUCAAGAACGUUGACGCUUCCUGUUAUUACUACUACAAUGGCUAUACUUACAUUCGAUAUUGCUACAACAAUCCAUAUUUGAUAAUACUUGGUGCUUCCUAUGGAGCUGUGAUCGGACUCGGCAUUCUUGUAAGCUUUAUCGUCUGCUGCUGUUGUAUCCAAAAGAAAAACAGGCAAUGGACUCAAGGAACGUUAAUCGUUCAAACGGUCCCAGGAACAAAUAACCCUCUUACAUAUCCGUCUGAAAAUCAACAGAUCCAACAUCCUGCAAUAGCUGGUACCCAGGGCAUUCAAACCCCUCAUAUCAUGAUGGCACAGACACAUUAUGGGGGUUCACAAGGUCAACAUUCAACAUCUGUAAAUUUCCAAACAAAUCCCGGUACUGGAGCAAAUCCAUCAGGAACCGUCCAGCAAGGGAACGAGUGACCAGCGAACGCUUCUGUCAAGACUUUCAAAAUGAGUAAAAUAAUGUUGUUUUCAACACCUUUAAA